AUGAAUGUCUCAGCGGAGGAGAGACAGGAUGUAUACGGAAGAGGCUCCCGCCAAGAACACAUCCUCUUUGCAGCGUUUUACAUCCUGGUCUCCAUCGUCGCUGUCCCUGGUAACACCUUAGCGCUGUGGGCCUUCUGUCGCCAGAAAAGCACCUCCCCUUCCAAGGUCUUCUUGAGAAACCUGGCCAUAGCAGACAUCUCCUAUGUCCUAAUUCUACCUAUGCGUACAGUUUACCACCUUUCUGAAAACCACUGGCCGUUUGGGAAGAUCUUCUGUCACCUUGCCGGCUUCCUCUUCUACUUAAACAUGUACUGCAGCGUCUACCUGAUGACCUUCAUCAGCCUGGACAGACUGCUGGCUCUGGUUCUCCCUUUCAGGUCCAGGACAGUCAGGAAGCCCAAGUAUGCUGUGGUGGCUGUUAGCAUACUAUGGAUCACUGUUAUCGUGAGUAUGAGCCCUUUACUUGUGUCCGGGAUGCAUGUGACCAGCAACUCAACUGUCAUGUGUACUCGGCUGUACUUGGAAAACGCCUCCCUCGAAGCUUUGGUGUCCACAAUUGUGGCAUUUCUUAUUCCCCUGACAACCAUAGUGGUAUCUUACUUAAUAAUCUUGUUGAAACUGAGGACUGUCACACAACAGGAAGCGAGGCCAUUGAAAGACAAGGCUGUCAAAAUGAUCGUUCUGAUAAUGAUGAACUUCCUGUUUGCUUUUGUGCCCUACCACGUGAGUCGUGUCAUCUACACUGGAAGCAGUCGUCUUCAUGUGACUGGAGCAGCAAAUGACAGUCUGGCAUUAGUCAAUCGAAUCACCUCUGCCCUGACCUGUGUCAGCGCCGUGUUGGACCCCAUCAUGUAUUUCUUCUUGGCCAAUACAUACAAAGACAAACUUAAGUGGAUUUUCAAUAGAAACCGGCAAGCUGAACAGCAAACAACAAAUGUGAUUUAA